AUGAAGACAUUGAAUCAGUCGCUGCAGGAAAAAUCCGCUGAGCUGGAGGAGAAAUCCGCGGAUCUGUUGAAGAAAUCCGCGGAUCUGGAGAAGAAAUCCGGGGAUCUGGAGAAGAAAUCCGCGGAUCUGGAGAAGAAAUCCACGGAUCUGGAGAAGAAAUCCGCAGAUCUGGAGGAGAAAUCCUCCGAUCUGGAGAAGAAAUCCGGGGAGCUGGAGAAGAAAUCCACGGAUCUGGAGAAGAAAUCCGCAGAUCUGGAGGAGAAAUCCUCCGAUCUGGAGAAGAAAUCCGGGGAGCUGGAGAAGAAAUCCACGGAUCUGGAGAAGAAAUCCGCAGAUCUGGAGGAGAAAUCCUCCGAUCUGGAGAAGAAAUCCGGGGAGCUGGAGAAGAAAUCCACGGAUCUGGAGAAGAAAUCCGCAGAUCUGGAGGAGAAAUCCUCGGAUCUGCAGAAGAACUCCGCGGAUCUGGAGAAGAAAUCUGCAGAUCUGGAGAAGAAAUCCGUGGAUCUGGAGAAGAAAUCCGUAGAUCUGGAGAAGAAAUCAACGGAUCUGCUCCCAACCCCGAUGUGCAGCCGCCACCUCCCCGACUCUUUCUUUGGUGGCUCUGGAUGCCAUGUCUCCGCGGAUCUGGAGAAGAAAUCCGCAGAUCUGGUGAAGAAAUCCAUGGAUCUGGAGAAGAAAUCCGAGGAUCUGGAGAAGAAAUCCGGGGAUCUGGUAAAGAAAUCCACGGAUCUGGAGGACAAAUCUGCGGAUCUGGAGAAUAAAUCCGCGGGUCUGGUGAAGAAAUCCGCGGAUCUGGAGAAGAAAUCAAGGGAUCUGGAGAAGAAAUCUGGGGAUCUGGAGAAGAAAUCCGGGGAUCUGGAGAGGAAAUCCGCGGAUCUGGAGAAGAAAUCCGCGGAGCUGGAGGAGAAAUCAAGGGAUCUGGAGAAGAAAUCCGGGGAUCUAGAGAAGAAAUCCGCGGAUCUGGAGAAGAAAUCUGGGGAUCUGGAGAAGAAAUCCGCAGAUCUGGAGGAUAAAUCUACGGAUCUGGAGGAGAAGUCCGCAGAUCUGGAGAAGAAAUCCGCGGAGCUGGAGCAACUAAGAAAAAAGGAUGAGGACUUGGUCUCUACCAACUUCUGGAUCACCAUCCUUCUCUCUGUGACCACCGUGCUCCUGUUCCUGAGCCUCCUGGUUCUGCUGGUCUUUCACCUCAGAAAGCCUGCUGGGAAAGCACAUUCUCACCUGGCUGAGAGCUGUUCACCCAGGGCCAAUGGGGAUUAACCUCAGAAUGCAGUCCAGGCUCCUUUUCUGAGAGUUUCCUGUCAUCUUGGAAAGAUAACAACCUGGUCCCAGAGGCAUUCUCUCCCAUUCGGCAGGCAAUCCAUCCUAAUAAAUA